AUGGCCGGCGCUCGACUGCGGCCCGCCGGGGGGAAACGGCAGGCCAGAAACGCAGAGAAAUGGGCUGUGCCCUCACUGUGCUCCGGGCUGAGUUCUGGGUUUGAGACAGAGAAGGAAGCGGUCCAGUUCUGUCCUCCACCCCGGACAGCCCACCGAGGAAGCCAGCGGCCACCAUCUUGGACAGCUGACGUCACCAUCGCCAGUUUUCGACAGAUUGCAGCAGCGAUAGAACAGUGGCUUGAGGCCAGCACAGCCCUCUGGGUAGGUGCUGUGUCCAGGUCAGUGCAGGACCAGGGCCAUCCCGAGGCCUGUACCUGCCCGUGUCUGGGAGGCGUGGCUCACCUGUCCCUCUGGCCCCCGCAGGGCCUGUACCUGGUCUACCACCCCGUGCAGCUGUCCACCCACCACGCCGUGGCUGUCCUGCUGCUGGGCUUGCUGGGCUACUACAUUUUCCGGAUGGCCAACCAUCAGAAGGACCUGUUCCGCCGGACGGACGGGCGCUGCCUCAUCUGGGGCCGGAAGCCCAAGGCCAUCGAGUGCGUGUACACGUCGGCAGACGGGCAGCAGCACCGCAGCAAGCUGCUGGUGUCGGGCUUCUGGGGCGUGGCCCGCCACUUCAACUACACGGGCGACCUGAUGGGCAGCCUGGCCUACUGCCUGGCCUGCGGCGGCGGCCACCUGCUGCCCUACUUCUACAUCAUCUACAUGACCAUCCUGCUCACCCACCGCUGCCUGCGGGACGAGCACCGCUGUGCCAGCAAGUACGGCCGCGACUGGCAGCGCUACACCGCCGCCGUGCCCUACCGCCUGCUGCCCGGGGUCUUCUAGGGGCCCAGGAGCCCAGGCUGCCGCUCUGCCCAGGCGAACCCACAGCUGAAGCCCUUCAGGCCAUCUUGUCCCCGAGGCGAGGGCGGCUCAGACGCCUGCGAGAGAAAAGCGGGACCAGGAGCUGCACGGAGCAGGCUGCCCACACCCACCUCACAUCCGCUCUGUGGCCGAGGGCAGGCCCUGGGGACAGCCCUCCUUCGCUGCCUGCACACUGGUAACUGGUCAGCGGAGGGCCCGAGGGACGCCGCAGAGCCAGGGCGUCUGGUGGGUCUCCUUUUGCUCCUGCUGCACAGCUGCCAGGGGUGUGGCAUGGGGACCCCAGGGGUACCGCCUGUGCAGGACCAGCCAGCCCAGCUGAGGCCUUUCUGAACUAAGGCCACGGGCUCCCUGUGCCCGGCUCCGGGGAGGUCACCCACCAGCCUCGCCCGCCUGCCUGUGGAAGGUGUGUCCUGCCUGCUGCUGACCCUGUGUGACUCUGGCUCAGAGCGCC